CUCACAUUCACACCUGCAUCACCUCAACCACCGCACACACGCACACACACACCACACACACACACAAUGGCCGACCAGCAGCAAAAUGUGCAGCGCCUCGAACAGCAACACCUCCGCCGCCUCGCCCAAAUGCGCCUCCAGGGCAUGGAGGAGCGUCUCGGGCAACUGGAGCGCCUCGCGCAGCAGCAGCAGCAGCAGCAUACUGGACAGCACCACGCGUCACCGGUCGACGCCUCCGCCCUCCCAGCACCCACCCCGGUCGAUAUCCCGCCCGUGCCCUCUGGCGUCAAGAAGAAGCGCAACAGGGGAUGCAGAGGAGGCAAAGGCAAGGCCAAGCAGCAAGCAGCCUCCCAGGCGCUCGCUGCCGCCACGUCGAGCCGGGCUCUUCCCCCCGCCGUCUUGUCCCAGUCCGGCGUGCGGCUUCUCCCGAGCUCUGCAGACGGCAUCCGGGUUUUCACCACCGUGGAUCCGCCGGGCGUCUGGGUCUCCCUCGACGGGCUCGACGCCGAGCGCAGCAGGACGCUGGCCGAGGGGAUACAGAACUUCCUUGCUCUUACGAAGCAGGAUGACGCUGCUCCUUUGGUUCCGGUGGCCGAAGCUGCUGCUCCGGAGGGCGCCUCGAGCCAGGCUGCCACUCAGCAGGCGCCUGGUCAGUGGCCAAUCAAGGAGGACGUGGAUGCUUUCUUCGAGUGAUCAUAUCGUGUCAUGGCUGUAAAGGACAAGAGAUGAUGAAGGGAUUGGGUGACGGCUGGAGAGGAGAAAGAAUUGGGAUCCUGGGAUAGAGUAGGAUUAGUCACAGCGAAUAAAAGGCAAUUUUUUCAUCUGCUUGACAGCGGG